AAAUAACAUGGAAUGUUUAUUUUGAUCAAGUGGUCUGAUUUCAGAUGUGUCCGUGUAAACAGCAUUAUUAAUAGGGAAAUCCGUCUUCUUGCAAAGCAUGUACACUAACUAUUAUUUUAAUCUGACAAUCCACAAUAAUUAUAUUAUUCUGUGCAUGUAGCCGUACUCAUUGAUGUUGAUCACAUUUUACAGGGGCAAGCAAAGCAGACAUCACUUCCGAGAUCCUGCCAUUUUGCUGCUGAUGCUCAAAGCAAGCCGCGUCCAGACUAGCUGGUGCUGGCUGCAGCCAUUGUUUUGAAGUACAGCUCAUUAUUUUUUUUAACGAGACUAAAUCAGUUUUUAACAAUUGAAGACGUCAUCAAAGUAGAAUGUCAGAUUUCGACCACAACCCGUUCGCGGACCCCGAAUUCAAUAACCCUUUUCAGGAUCCAUCGGUGACCCAAGUAACACAGAAUGCUCCUCCAGGGUUGGAAGAGUACAACCCCUUCACAGAUGCCAAGCCGGUCCACCCUGGCCCAGCGCCUAAAUUGCCGGCCCCCCCCACCACCACCACCAACACACAACCAGCCAUCAUGAAGCCUACUGAAGAACCUCCUGCAUACUCGCAGUCACAGGAGCAGGCGUGGGCGGCUACAGAGCUGCUGAGGAGACAGGAAGAGCUGGAGAGGAAGGCCGCCGAGCUAGACCGCCGCGAGAGAGAGAUGCAGUCGCUCAGCACAUCAGGAGGUAGGAAAAACAACUGGCCUCCUCUCCCUGAGAAGUUCCCCGUGGGCCCCUGUUUCUACCACGACAUCACUGUGGACAUCCCUGUGGAGUUCCAGAAGACUGUCAAGAUCAUGUACUACAUCUGGAUGUUCCACACAGGGACGUUGUUCGCCAACAUGUUUGGCUGUCUGGCCUGGUUCUGUGUGGAUGCGACCAAGGGAGUGGACUUUGGUCUGGCCAUGCUCUGGUUCAUGAUCUUCACCCCCUGCUCCUUCGUCUGCUGGUACAGACCCCUCUACGGAGCUUUCAGGAGUGACAGCUCGUUCCGUUUCUUUGUAUUCUUCUUCGUGUACAUCUGUCAGUUUGGCGUUCACGUGAUGCAGUCCAUCGGUAUCUCCGGCUGGGGCGCCAGCGGGUGGCUCUCUGCUCUGACUGGCCUGAAUAAGAGCAUCCCUGUUGGCAUCAUCAUGAUCCUCAUCGCUGCUCUUUUCACUGCCCUGGCUGCCAUGUCGCUCAUUAUGUUCAAAAAGGUCCAUGGCAUGUACCGCACCACAGGGGCCAGCUUUGAGAAGGCCCAGGCCGAGUUCGCCACGGGCGUCAUGGCCAACAAGACGGUCCAGACCGCCGCUGCCACCGCCGCCUCCAACGCCGCCAGCGGAGCCUUCAAGCAACAGAUCUGAUUGGCCCCCGGAGCCCGCCCUAUUUCUUCACUCCGUCCAAUCCAGCCCCCCCCCCCUCCCGAGCUGAGCUCAAGCUUCCCUGCCCUCCCAACCUAGCUCUACUCGCAUGACUAGGAUGAGACCAUAGAGAGAGAGGUAGAGGGCUCGUCUCUGUAUCUGUGGCGUUGUAGUCGUCUGUGACAGCAUGGGGCAGCGCCAUUGAGGCUACAACCCAUAAAACAAAAAUACCGACCCAGUUGACUACUUUUUGAUUUCUUUAACCCCCUUAUGUCGAUGUCCGCGCCCCCACGGAAAUCUAAUUAGCAUUAACAUAAUAAGCAUAAUAAAAUAAUCCCGGUAAAAAUGUUUAAGCUUGGGAGAUGGUGUAUUGGAUGCGUCUCAGUCCACCGCAUGCGCCCAUGCCACACUUCCGCAUCUGCAGUGAAAGGUGAUGGCGCUCGAGCGGCGUUUGUCCGACCAAGAGACGUCCUGAAAAUGGUUCUGCUCACAAACUCGUCCGUAGCAUCAGAAAGUUUUCUAGUCCAAACCAAUCUAUGUAAAGAUGGGACUCUCACAAAGACAAUGGUGUUUUGCUCUACGACCCCCCCACCCCCCACCCCACCCCACCCCACAAACCAUCUUGGGCCUCGUCUAAGGUCAGGCCUCACAAGACUCGUCUUAAAGGUCCCCCGGUACAAGUUUAAAACAUUUAUGGAAGUAUAUAUGGAGACUGUUUAGUGCCAAAAAUAAGGGGUUUAAUGCAUGUAAUAAAAACAACAUAUUUCCUGAUCUUUCUCAUUUCUGAUACAGGACAGACACAAUAAACUUCCUUUAGAUUUUUUGGGGGGGGGGCGACUGUUCCAUAUAGUGAAUGAUAUUCAAUCAGUUUGUAUGGGCUAAGAGCACAAAGGCUCAAAAUGUUUGAAUAAAAAAUAUACUUCAAAGGGGUCUUCAAAUGUCAAAAUCAAAUAGAAAAGUGAUCCUUGGUAUGACCUCUUAAAACAAUUCCAUAUAGCUUAGUAGAACCCCCCUCCCCUGGCUUAAAAUGGCAGAAGCACUCAAUGGUGCUGCCCAUGCUAAAAUGGGCUUUUGGCCAAUAGAGGCCUCUAUCAUUCUCUCUGGAUGAGACCUAGAAGGAUGAGCCCAAUUAUGUCAUAGUAGAUGAAAGCAGGAAGUAUACAUGAGAGGCUUGUGUUUAAGUCGUUUCAUUCAGUUCCGUCCAGCUCCCAGUGCAGAUCUACAUCCUGUGGAAUCUAGAGGUUUAGGACAUCACCGUCUUAUCCUUCUCGUCUCAUCCACCAACCCCCGCCUCUCAUCUUGCCCUGAGGGCUGUAACUCCGCUCACCCUAGUGGCUUUAUUAAAACGCUCCUGUCCUGUGUCUGUCUGACCCCACACCACUUAGUCAUGUCACUAUACAAGUGUUUGCAAACUUUCCUUGAAGUGUGUGUGUGUGUGUGUGUGUGUGCAUAUGAAUAUUAGUAUCUCUCUAUAUGUUAAUGCCGAGGCCUAUACAUUGGGUACGUUCCACAUCCAGUUUCUGUCACUCCCUCUGAUGCAAGUCAAUUCCCUUCACCAAGACUCAAAUGGCUGUAGCUAUCCAUAAACGUACACGACUCAUUUAUUCACUGGAUUUAACCAAGUACCGUUAGAAAUGUUUAACACUUAAUGAAAACAAAACACUUGUUUUGAACCUUGCGCCAGUCAAGCGGAUAUGGCCACCAGUCAGUGGUCACCAGUCUGCCCUCUGGUGGUGAGACCUGGUAGUGUUGAUGAGUGCUGCGCAGUCCAACGUUGUCACCUCGGGAAUCGUCAAGACUGAUUCAUCUCAAGAUCCGAGUGUAAACCCAUCCGUGUUCUAAACAAGGAAGUGUCUCAGAAAUCAGGUUCGGUGUCUUGGUUAGAUUUUUUUUCCCCCUCUCACGUUGUCUUGUCUCACAGCCAUGUCGUAGUAGCUUUUAAGUCUUGCCUUUUGAUAACAUCUUGUGUUCUCAAUAACACUUUUAUAAUAUAAACAAAGAAGCCAGAUGACAGCGACCUAAAUGUCAUAGCCUCUAUCCUUGUCCCUUGCUUUAGUGGUAACGUUGCCCUUCACGUAGACACCGCAUCACACACGCACCCCCCAAAACCCGAUGCUUUCAGACCUGCAAAUGUAUGCUAGCUGAGCUGUAUGCUAACAACCGACUCCAGUGAGAGAGAGUUGGCUCAUCUCUAGCCUAGGUUUUCUACCCGGGGAUAUACAGUACCUCAGUCAGUGCUCUUUACGUGCAUGACCGAGCUUGCUGAUCUACAGGACACUGCUCUGGUCUACGCCUCUCUGUAUUAUAGAAGUCUAUGGUUUGUGAGUGAACGAAAUGGUCUUGUUUUGAAGUUAAAAUGCUGUGCAUUAAACUGAACCGGUCCAGUAAUCCCUGUGUCUCCAAACGCUCCAAGAACAGGCGAAAUCUCCCAGUAAUAUCAUUGGUCUAUGCUGCAUGGAUGUGUCGACGCUGAUAGCCUGAGUAUUCAUUGUAUGAUUGAGUGAAAGGAGCAAUCCCCCCCCCCCCCCCCCCCCCCAACAACAAGUGUUUUAGGCCUUCUGAUCCGAGAGUGGCUUGUUUAUCUUUUUGUUCUGUGCGUCAUCCUCUUAGUUGUAUGUUAUUCAUCAUCAUGUUGGUCGAGAAGGUCAUGCAUAAGCUCUAACUUCCUUGUUUUGAGUGUAAAACCGUGAACCUGCCUGUGACUUUCACCUUUUUGAGUGUGACAUGAAGAGGGGGAGGGAGGCGGCGGCGGCGUGUGAUCUAAUACCAUUUUGGUGUGGUGUGUGUGUCAGUCAAAGUGAAGUCUUAACAAGGAUAACUGGCUGUUCAGUUGAAUGCUAUUGUGGGCAGGGCAGAGACAUGCUGAGAUCUUCCGUUCUGUUGCUGCAGGAUACCUGUUGUGUUUUUCAGCUUUUUUUUAUGCUCCUUUUUUUAAUAUCUAUAUAUAUAUAGAUCUUCCUGUUUUCCUUUUAGACUGAUAGUCAUCUCUCUGAGGUUUGGGGGGGGGGGGGGGGGGGGGGGGGGGGAUGCAUCAACUGCUUAAAUGUGAGAGAGUCUGUCGCGGGAAGUAAGCGACAUGAACUGUGCAUCUUUUGAGAUGGACUGUGGCUUUAACUUGUACUUUUUGAAUCAAUGACACAAGUAUGUGGUAGAAAACACUGAGAAUGAAUAUGAAAUUGGUCUUGCUCAUUUCUGACUGGAAUAAAUUGAAGUUAUUUAAAGAAAGUGAGCAGUCUUUAUGAUGUUUGUAUAUUUUGUAAAGUUUGACGACUGGUCGGCUGGUGCCCUGAAUUUAAUUUUACUGUACAGAAGCUCCGUCUCUCCUUCAAGUUGCAUGUUGAGUAGUUUGUUUUUGUAUAUUGUAUUAACGCUAAAUAAAAUCCUAAAGUCAACU